AUGGAAGAGCUCGAUCUGGUCGUCAUCGGAGCCGGCUACUACGGCCUCGGCGCCGCGAAACAGUAUCACGUCACGCACCCAGACCAUUCCCUCGCUAUCCUCGACGCAAACGCUUCGGUAGGCGGCGUCUGGUCUAAUGAGCGACUUUAUCCAUGUCUCAGGUCCAACAACCUGUUGGGAACCUACGAGUAUCCAGACUUUCCCAUGACUACUGAGCGCUUUGGCGUUGAACCGCAAAAUUAUAUUCCGGGGGAGGUCAUGCAUAAUUAUCUUGAGUCUUACGCACGCGAAUUUGGCAUUGACCGGUGCUUGAGACUGGGUACCAAAGUUCUUUCGGCUGAGCAUCAGAUUGAAGGAGGCUGGCUACUUAAGAUCCAAAGCGAAGGACUGGAGUCGUCUACCCAGGUUAUGGCUAAGAGAUUAAUUGUUGCAACGGGCCAGGAUUCAGAGCCUUUGAUGCCUCACAUCCGUGGCCAGGAACAAUUUUACAGGCCGCUAUUUCAUAGCAGAGACUUCCGAAAGUAUAGAGAUACUGUCAAUACUGCCAAGCGAGUGACCGUGUUUGGAGGGACCAAGUCUGCUUGGGACGCCGUCUAUGCGUACGCCACUCAUGGUGUCAAAGUCGACUGGAUCAUAAGACCAACCGGCCACGGUCCAGUUUGGAUGUCGCCCUCCUUUGUCACGCCUUUCAAAGUAUGGAUUGAGAAGCUCGUUACUAACAUAGUUCCCUCUACAGAUAUUCGUUGGCUUCACUGGUUUGCCCCAUGUAUCUGGGGCCAGGAUAGUGGCUACCACGGCAUCAACUACUUCUGGCAUCGCACAACCAUCGGUCGCGCCAUCACCUCCGCCUUUUGGAAAAUUCUAGCUGCCGAUGUAAUCGACCUGAUGCAAUUUGAUACACAUCCCGAGCUCAAGAAGCUCAAGCCUACUUCAUCAGCCAUGCAUACCGGCACAGCCUUUGGUAUCUUGAACUAUCCAACUGACUUUCACGAGCUUGUACGCAACGGCACUGUGAAAAUCUACGAGAACGACCUGUCGCAUAUCAGUGAGGGUAGGAUUCACCUGGACAAUGCGGAGGGAACUAGUCUUGAGUCUGACGCUUUUGUCGCUGUUACUGGUUGGAAGCCAUUCUCGCCUCUCAAAUUCCUCCCUGAGGGCAUCGACCGCAAAAUUGGUCUCCCUUAUGUACCGAACAGCAACGACAAAGAAAACCUUCCAGACGAAGGGCUUGGAAGUUGCACUGCUCUUCUUGAAAGGGCCGAUCAAGAGAUUGAGGAGCGGUUCCCAAGUCUCAAGACGCCAAUGAAGUUCAACCCCAACUACAAGCACCUGAGCGAAACCAAGGCUUUUAAAAUGGCUGCCUCAGAUGCACCCAUUCUCUCGCAUACACCCAUGAUGCUGUACCAUUUCAUGGUCCCCGCCACCACCGAAUUCCUCCAGACCAAAGACCUUGCCUUUACAGGAUACUCAACCAACUUCAGCAACGGGACCUGUGCGCAUAUUCAGGGUCUUUGGAUCAGCGCUUUCUUUGAUGGCACGCUAGCCCGGGAUCCGAGUUCAGCUGUGGCUGCAGGGAGCAAGGGCAUGACAUUGAACGAGGUCCACCGGCAGACAGUUUUACACAAUCGCUUUGGCAAAUGGCGGUAUCCAAAUGAUGCAGGUGCCAGGGUACCAGACUUCAUUUUUGAAGCGGUGCCUUUUAUGGAUAUGAUGAUGGCGGAUUUGGGCUUGGCAGUGCACCGUAAACGAGGGUGGUUCAAGGAGAUGACUGAACCGUAUGGACCUGAAGACUAUAGGACCAUCAACGAGGAGCACGCUACCAGAGUUACCAAGCUUAAGCACUGUCUUUACUUCCAACAGUCGCUAGACGCCUUCCUGCUUUCACGUGCCAAGAUGAAAGUAUCUAUCGCAGCUCUGUUGACCCUCCUGGCAAGCACAGUAACUGGCUCCAAAACCGGCCUUAUAGGCUAUGGCCAAUCAUGGUACGACCCUCCCUGCGCUUACGCUUGUCGAGCCGUCAUCAGCAAUGCACCGCUCGAAUGUCCAUCAAUGGACCACAGUAACAUGGACAUGGGCGGACACUCACAUGGUGGCUCACCGAUGGCCCCUUGCAUCGCGGACAAUGACGCCUUUCUGCUCACACUUGCCCACUGUUUAAGAACUCGCUGUGCAGAGAUCCCAGCUUCAAAUCUAGAAGCCUACUGGGCCGAUCAAACUACGGGUGAUAAGACUGUCGAUGCAAAGUGGACUUAUGGUGCUGCGUUGGUUAACAUCAAACGACCGGAGAGGACAUAUGUCGCUGGGGAGACGUUAAACUAUACGGCUCUAAUUUCGGACGAGAGCUAUCAGUAUCAGUAUGACUUCAAUGUCCAUUUCGACUGGGAAGAAACAGUCCAAUCAACCUUUGUCAUUGUUUUGAUUGCCGUAGGUGUUGCAACACCCGUGUUUCUUUCAGCCAUUACACACCUACCCUUCAUGACCACCACCAUAGCAAGAAUUAGGCCAUAUCUAAUCUACCCCUCGACAAUCGGCGACUACAACAUUCGUCCUCUACCUUAUCUUCUCGGCAAUGCACCAACCAUGGGCUCUGGCCUUUGGAUAGCCAUGUUCGUUAUACUGAACAUUAUCCUCGGUGCAGUUUCGUACAAGACCUUCUCUCAUCCUCAUCCUUGGGGCUUUACCAAGUCUGCUGAAAUAUUGGCCUAUGUCGGUUAUCGGACAGGUCAUAUAUCCUUUGCGUUACUACCGCUAACAGUCCUCUUCUCGUCACGCAACAAUAUCCUGCUCUGGAUUACCAACUGGCACUUUUCCACCUUCCUUGUUCUUCAUCGAUGGGUCGCUCGCCUUUGUGCGAUCCACGCAAUCAUCCAUUCCAUCACUCUUCUUGCCGCUUAUGUCAGCCUCGGGACAUACUACACAGACGUUCACAAGCCAUAUUGGAUCUGGGGUAUUAUUGGAACGCUAUGCUUACUACUACUUCUAUUCCAGAGUGUCCUCUGGUUCCGACGCGCCUCAUACGAAGUUUUUCUCGUCCUCCAUAUCCUUCUUACUGUUUUUGUCAUAGUUGGGUGCUGGUACCAUAUUUACUACUGGAAGCCAUACUCUGGCAUCUACGAGCUAUGGAUCUACAUGGUUUGUGCAGUAUGGUUCUUUGACCGUCUCUUCCGAGGCCUGCGUGUGGCGAAGAAUGGAAUUCGACGAGCGACUGUCGUUGAGCUGUCCAACGAGAUCGUGCGCCUUGAUAUAUCGGGCGUGAGAUGGUUGAGUGCACCGGGAUAUCAUGCUUAUGUUUACUUCCCCACGCUUCAACCACUGCGCGCCUGGCAGAAUCAUCCAUUCUCCGUCAACAACAGUGCUCUACUACAGAAGUGCACUCCAUCAACACAAGACCUGUCGCGUGAUAAAGACCUGGAACUCCACCGGACUGCGCCUCAAAUUACCGUAUCCCAGAAAGCGACAGGAACUGACAGCAUUUCCAUAUACAUUAAGAAACACCAUGGUACCACAAGUCUUCUCACCAAACGGACCGGCCUUCCCGUUCUGUUAGAGGGUCCAUACGGCGGCCCUAGUCGAGACGUACUCAAAUGCGAUCGUGUACUACUCGUUGGCGGCGGAAUCGGCAUCACUGGUCUUCUUUCCUGGGCUCAGGCCCACGUGAAUGUCAGGCUAGCCUGGAGUUUAAAAGAGUCAUCUCAAGCUCUUUUGAAAGACCUUGAGACUUCAUUGAGCGGCAUAGAUGAUAAAACAGUCUUGGUUGGAGAAAGGCUCAACGUGAAGGUGUUACUAGAGGAAGAAGUGGAGGUGGGCUGGAAGAAGGUUGGUGUAGUUGUGUGUGGUCCUGCUGGGCUUUGCGACAGUGUUCGUGCAGCUGUUGUUAGUUUGGGAAAGACUAGUGGUGUUGUCUUUGAGCUGGAGGUUGACGCAUUCAGUUGGUGA